GGCGGGCCUUUGGAAAGCAGGAAUGUAACGCUGGAAGUUUUCCUGCAAGCUCCCCUUCACAUGUGGAAGAGCGUCCGUCCCGCGCCUCAAUAUGGACAUGUGGCCGCUGGUGCUCCUGUUUGUCCAGCUCUGCUUCUGCUCCGGAUAUGAAGGGUCAGGACAGUAUGCCUACGGAGAUGACGAGGACUGGUAUUCUCGUAGAUAUAAAGGGACACCGUGGUGUGCGCCCAUUAAGGUGAAACAUGGUGACGUGAGCUGUCGCACACCCAGAGGAGAGCACUACAGGAACGUGAUGGGGACACGCUGCAAAAUCCGCUGCAAGCAGGGAUACGAGGCCCAGAGCUCGGAGGUGGUGUGUAUGGCCAGCAAACACUGGUCCUCUAACUACGCCUGCAGAGAGAUCCGCUGUCCCAAGCUGAACAUGCCGGCUAACGGUGGCUACAAGUGUUCGGACGGCUCCUACUUCAACUCUCGCUGUGAGUUUUUCUGCUCCCCUGGAUUCAGUCUGAAGGGCCAAAAGACGGCAACCUGCCAGUACAGCAAGGUGUGGAGCGCCGGGGUCCCCACCUGUGUCGAUAUGGAUUCUCCAAAAAUCAAGUGUCCUAAUGUGAAGGAUAAAUGGGCAGAACCAGGAAAACUGACAGCGAGGGUAACCUGGGACACUCCAGAGGGUGUAGACACUGCAGAUGGCAUCCUCACAGAUGUUAUCCUGAAAGGGAAACCUUCAAAAUCAGACUUCCCAGAGGGGCUCCAUAAGAUGUCCUACACUGUGUUUGACCGCGCAGGGAACAAAGGAUCCUGCCGCUUUACUGUCAGAGUGCGAGUGCGUCGCUGCAGCCCACUGUUUCCCCCAGACAACGGUUAUAUGAAGUGUGACAGUGACGGAGACAACUACGGGGCCACUUGUGAAUUCACUUGCACAGGUGGCUACGAGCUGCAGGGCAGCGCUGCCAGAGUGUGUCAGUAUGGACUCACCUGGUCUGGCACAGACACAAACUGUGCACCCAUGAACAUUAACGUGGGAGUGCGUUCGGCUGCUGCACUGCUGGACCAGUUCUAUGAGAAACGACGGCUCCUCAUUAUCUCGGCCCCGACGGCUGCCAAUCAUAAUUACCGAUUCCAGAUGACUAACUUACAGCACGCUCAGUGUGGACUGGACCUGAGGCAUGUGACAGUAAUCGAGCUGGUUGGGACUUACCCGGCUCAGAUCGGCCGAAUUCGACACAUGCUGCUGCCCCCAGGACUGGCCCUGCAGCUCAGGUUACAGCUCCAGAUUCCUCAAAGGUCUUUCCAAAUGGUGCUGGUAGACAAGCAGGGCAUGGACAAGCAACGCUACCCGUUCCCGAUCACAGCGGCUGAGUUAUUCACCACCAUCGACACCUUCCCCCUCCGCAAGGAUGAGAUGGUGCUACAGCAGGAAGCGGGCCAGACCUGUCAAUCAUAAAACCAUGGACUUUCAGCUCAUCUUUGAUCCUUUUCCUCCUUGGUCACAGCAGACAGGACCUACUCAUAUCUUCUGUUCUUCUGUCCACAUGUCACACACUCCUACCUGAACUCAUUUAGUCCUGUCUCCAGAAGGUGUGAGUGUGUCUGUCUGUCUGUGUGUGUGUGAGUGUGUAUGUGUGUGGGCGCUGAUCUGAAGCAAGAUUUAUUAAAAGACGUUAUUAAAUGGAAUGGGUCAUACAGUACAUUACAAUCAUAUUGAUUCCUGUGUCUUGUCUAUCUGUAUGUUUUAUUAUUAUUAAUAAUAUUUUCAAAAGCAGAACUAUGUUUUACUAUUUUGUACAAAAAGUCUUUUUACUGUAUGAACUGGAAAACUCUUCACCUGUCUAAUAUUUAUGUCUCACACCUCCAAUAAUGAUGUAUUCUGACACUUUAUGGAAUACUGCGUGUGUUUUAUGUACAGGACAGGACAGUGCUUCGGCUCUGUUUGUACACUGUACAUCUAUGUCUGAUUGUACAAGACACUGAUUAAAUAUGUCUAUCAUUGA